GGCAUGCGUGAGGCGGCGGCUGGGCACCGCCAUUUUGGCCAGUGGCCGUAGGAACACGUUGUGUGGCUGAGAAGUGAAAGCAAGAACUGAUUUGGCCUCUGCGUUCCCCUCCGCAAGGGGAAUCUGUUUCUCCAGAGGAACUGGAUAUUGUUACUUCCUUAGAAUUAUGGCGGAUAAAUUAACAAGAAUUGCUAUUGUCAACCAUGACAAAUGUAAACCUAAGAAGUGUCGGCAGGAGUGCAAAAAGAGUUGCCCUGUGGUUCGAAUGGGAAAAUUAUGCAUAGAGGUUGUCCCCCAGAGCAAAAUAGCAUGGAUUUCUGAAACUCUUUGUAUUGGUUGUGGUAUUUGUAUUAAAAAGUGCCCCUUUGGUGCCUUAUCAAUUGUCAAUCUACCAAGCAACUUGGAAAAAGAAACAACACAUCGAUACUGUGCCAACGCCUUCAAGCUUCACAGGUUGCCCAUUCCUCGUCCAGGUGAAGUUUUGGGAUUAGUUGGAACUAAUGGUAUUGGAAAGUCAACUGCUUUAAAAAUUUUAGCAGGAAAGCAAAAGCCAAACCUUGGAAAAUAUGAUGACCCACCUGAUUGGCAAGAAAUUUUGACUUACUUCCGUGGAUCUGAAUUGCAGAAUUACUUUACCAAGAUUCUUGAAGAUGACCUAAAAGCCAUUAUCAAACCUCAGUAUGUAGACCAGAUUCCCAAGGCUGCAAAGGGGACAGUGGGGUGUAUUUUGGACCGAAAAGAUGAAACAAAGACACAAGCAAUUGUAUGUCAGCAGCUCGAUUUAACCCAUCUAAAAGAACGCAAUGUUGAAGAUCUUUCAGGAGGAGAGUUGCAGAGAUUUGCCUGUGCUGUCGUUUGUAUACAGAAAGCUGAUAUUUUCAUGUUUGAUGAACCUUCUAGUUACCUAGAUGUCAAGCAGCGUUUAAAGGCUGCUAUUACUAUACGAUCUCUAAUAAAUCCAGAUAGAUAUAUCAUUGUGGUGGAGCAUGAUCUAAGUGUAUUAGACUAUCUCUCUGACUUCAUCUGCUGUUUAUAUGGCGUACCAAGUGCUUAUGGUGUUGUCACUAUGCCUUUUAGUGUAAGAGAAGGCAUAAACAUUUUUUUGGAUGGCUACGUUCCAACAGAAAACUUGAGAUUCAGAGAUGCAUCACUUGUUUUUAAAGUAGCUGAGACAGCAAAUGAAGAAGAAGUUAAAAAGAUGUGUAUGUAUAAAUAUCCUGGGAUGAAGAAAAAGAUGGGAGAGUUUGAGCUAGCAAUUGUAGCUGGAGAGUUUACAGAUUCUGAAAUCAUGGUGAUGUUGGGUGAAAAUGGUACUGGUAAAACGACGUUUAUCAGAAUGCUUGCUGGGAGACUUAAACCUGAUGAAGGAGGGGAAGUACCAGUUUUAAAUGUCAGUUAUAAGCCACAGAAAAUCAGUCCCAAAUCAACCGGAAGUGUUCGCCAGCUACUACAUGAAAAGAUCAGAGAUGCUUACACUCAUCCACAAUUUGUGACUGAUGUAAUGAAGCCUCUGCAAAUUGAAAACAUCAUCGAUCAAGAGGUGCAAACAUUAUCUGGUGGUGAACUGCAGCGAGUAGCUUUAGCUCUUUGUUUGGGCAAACCUGCUGAUGUCUAUUUAAUUGACGAACCAUCUGCAUAUUUGGAUUCUGAGCAAAGAUUGAUGGCUGCUCGAGUUGUCAAACGUUUCAUACUCCAUGCUAAGAAGACAGCCUUUGUUGUGGAACAUGACUUCAUCAUGGCCACCUAUCUAGCAGAUCGAGUCAUUGUUUUUGAUGGUGUUCCAUCUAAGAACACACUUGCAAACAGUCCUCAAACACUUUUGGCUGGCAUGAAUAAAUUUUUGUCUCAGCUUGAAAUUACAUUCAGAAGAGAUCCAAACAACUAUAGGCCAAGAAUAAACAAACUCAAUUCAAUUAAGGAUGUAGAACAAAAGAAGAGUGGAAACUACUUUUUCUUGGAUGAUUAGAGUGAAUCUGAGAAUAUCGAUAAGCCAUUUAUUAAAAGAAACAUUUACUGGGAUUUUUGUCAUAUAAAACUUAGAUCAGGUUUUAUGUCCCACAUGCUCUGGAGAUUGAAGUAUAAUUUACUUACUGUAACAUAAAGCCAGUUGUGUUUUAAAUUGUAGUCUGAAUACGGCAAAUGCCACUUUUCUGUUCUUGAUGAUAAGGCCCUUUUUGUGCGUAACAUUCUAAAAUGAAGACAUUUCAGGCUAUACAAAUUACCUCCAAGUUUUCAUGAUGUAUGGGAAGAUUCAGUAGGUGUACAGGUACCAAAUGCUGAGCAGUGUUGCCCCCUUUUAAAAAUCUUGAAAAAGGUUUCUGUACUUACAUGGUUUGCCAGGUAUGCCACUAUAAUGAAACUGCCCUUAUUUUAAAAGACGGUCGAUGAUGCCACUGAUGAAAUUUGAUAAAUAAACAUCAGGAUUAUAUAUAUAUUUGUUUUCAGUCUUUGCAUUAAAUUGUCAAUGUGUUUAGACUUUCAAAGGAAGAUUAUCUGCCACAGAACACCACUGCUGGGAGAAGACUAUUACCGACUUAAGCAUUGUUGACAAUGUUUUUGGUGCUUUUGAAUAUCUUUAGCAAAAAAAAUCAUUUCAACACCCCCCCCCAAAAUAAUAAAUCCUAACUUUACUCUGAAUUAGAUGUAGCAUUUCAUAAGAUUCUAUAUUCUGUAAUUAUUCUCAAGGUAAUGUCAUUCUAUAAACAUACCUUUAUGUAAUCACUGAUCAAGAUUUUGGAAAAAGCAUUUUAAAGAAUAUUUGUUUCCUUUAAAAAUACAGUACAGGUUCAAAAUCUUUAGAGUUGGUCCCUAAGCAUCUGUGUAUUUUUAAACUUCCAGAGAUUUCUGAUGGGCAGCCAAGGACUGUGAGCCACUUACCUAAAGGCAACAUUAACGCAACGCGGUCCCCAGAUAGCAAUACAGAGUAUCCCUUGGUACCAAAUAUAUUCAUUUCCAGGUUUGGAUAUAAAGGAUAUUAUCUAUUUGACUUUUUUUUCUUAGUUUUGGAUGGUGUGUAGCUGGAGUUCUAAAGACUUAUCCAAAUUUCUUGAACAGUGGGAUACCUGUAGUGUAAAACCACUUUCAAUUAUACUUCUGCCUAAUGCGCUGAGCUGGAACUAACUUAUACUACAAGUGAGGAAAAGAGUUUAGGAAAAUUAGAAAUUAUUGAACAAACUUUUAGAGCUUCUUGAAACAAUAGAAGCUUUAAUUAAUAUGCAAACAGUGGAUAGAAAGUAUGGUUUAACUAAGCCCCAUUAGGCCUUUUAAAAAUAUUGCUUUAUCUGAGUAAUCCAUAAAUACAUGUCUGUUGUGAAAUUUUCAAAUAUUACAGAAAUAUAUGGAAUAGAGUUAUGAUUUCCCUUUAUUUUACCCUCCCAAAUGUUACCAGUGUUUCUGUUUAAUAAUAUAUAUCCUUUCUUGCUUUUUUCCUGUGCACUUAACUGUGAAUAUGUAAAGGGUUUGUUUUGUACAUAAAUGGGAUUAUACUAAAAUAAGUAUUGCCUAUUUUUAAAGAUAGGUUAAAUUUGUGAAUCAUUAUUUCAAAUGUAUCGAAUAAAAUAAGACAAACGCUGUUUUUAUUUACUGAUUCUGUAUUAUGUCCUUAAAAUAUUUGUAUUAUAAGAGCACAGUUCUUUCUACUUACUGCUGAUAAAAUAUGUAUCAAUUGUAUUAUUUUGCAUGUAAAUGAAAAUUUUAAAACAGAUUUACAUGUUACUUAAAAUUUUGUAUAGCAGUAGAAAAGGACUUAAAAUUGUUAACACAAGGAAAAGGUUUUUUUUAUAAAAUCUGUUACCAACUCAAAUACAUGAAUGCAGAUGUUAGCUUUUGAAAAGAAUGAAACUGCUCAGUAUAUCCUGAUUAGAAAAAAUCUCUAAGCAAAAAAGCAUGGUGCAACAUAAUUUAUUAUAAUACACCACUGUUUGUUUAUAUGAAAAUAUACAAAAUACUAAAAUACACAAAAGGAUACUCAAGAAAGUUAAUGCUUUUGGGAAGGAUAACUUGAUGGUUAAGAACAGGGAAUAAAGGAGACAUAUAUUAUACAGCCAUUACCUUUUGAAUUUAAAUUUUGUACAUAUAAAUUGUUUAUAGUCAACCUAGUGUGCAGCAGUCUUUACAAAAAGUGUAUGUAUGUAAUUUAAGUUAACCUGAUUUUACACCAUAGCAUCUUGAAGUCGUCCAGUGCUUUCUCUCUUGCUUACAGAUUCAAUGUGCAGUUUGGUGUCUGGCAUUUGUUUGCCUACUGUAUCGAAGGAAUGAAUCUACAUAGAGGUUCUUUGUUUCUGUAGAAAGAAUGGAUACUUAGUUGGUUCUGUAAUUUCACUCAUUCAUUUAGAGACACAUAUGUCAAGCCCUCAACCCCAGUGCCUGGUGUAUUGUGAGCACCACGUGGUUCAGAAGAGAAAUAGUUCUGGGUGGGAGCUACAUGAAGGAGGCAGCUCCCAGGGAAAGGAGCACCUGUAAUGACAAAAAUGGUAAGAAAAUCCAUGUGAACCAGAACACAGGUCAGAGACAAGUCAGCAUGCGCACUGAAGAGCUUAGUGAGAGGAAAGGGUAAUACAGGCAGAUUGUAGUGGAUAGUUCCAGCUCCCAACUCUGCAUGUGCCCAAGUCUGUCUCCUGUAUCUACAGGUUUUCAGCUAAUGAGACUGGCAACCAUGACCAUCUGUCCCUUCUCGUGGAGCAGAGCAUUAGUGUCGCUUCAUGUCUGUGCCCUCUGGUUUCUGGUCUCCAUUUUUGGCUCCUGAUUUCUGAACAUAUCAUAGAAAAUUGCAAGGAACUAAGUUACACAGUAACAGGCACAUCCCUAGAUAGGCAUAGCAUUACUUUGUUUCUUACUCUACCCAAAGGCGUUUAAUCCAAAACCAAGGUUUUCAUUUAAAAGAAACUAGUGGACUUGCCUGGUGGCACAGUAGUUAAGAAUCCACCUGCCAAUGCAGGGAACACGGAUUGGAGCCCUGGUCCAGGAAGAUCCCACGUGCUGCGGAGCAACUAAUAAGCCCAUGCGCCACAACUACUGAGCCUGCACUCCUAGAGCCCGUGCUCCACAAGGGAAGCCACCGCAAUGAGAAGCCCGUGCACCGCAACGCAGACUACACCCUGCUCACCGCAAACUAGAGAAAGCCUGCGCGCAGCAACCAACACCCAACGUAGCCAAAGAUAAAUAAAUUUAUUUUUUAAAAAUGAAA